AUCCAUAGAACAAUAGUAACCAAGAAAGAACUUUUCAGAUUUGGUAUUAAGGCGGACGAUGAAUGUCUAUAUUGCGGAGAUAAAGAUUCAGUUGAGCACUCUUUUAUCGAAUGUAUGUUCACCAAAUUGUUUACCCAAAAGGUCUUGAACUGGUUCAACCAAGCGAAUGCGUGUCAAAUUUCUCCUACCACGGAGGAGACCUUGUUCGGUAUUACUACAAGCUCCCACGACACAACACUAAUACGGAAAUUCAAUUACACCACCUUAUUUAUGCGCCAUUAUAUUUAUUCUACCAAGUUAAAUAGCCUCGCCAUCUCCAUUCAGGAUUUUAUAAGUAAGCUACUCAUUAAAUACAAUCUUGAAAAUUUGUCUUAA